AUGUACUCUUCGUUCGGGUUUUUUCCCCGCUCCGCCUUCAGAAGAGGCGGAGGCGCUUUGCGUGUGUGGGCGGGGUUUCGUCCUACUGGGUUGUUCAAAGUCGAAAGCGGGGAAAGGUUCGCUCUCGAGUAUUGCUGCAAGAGGAAAGAAGGCACUAUGGUGCGUUCGUUGAAUGCCAUUGCUGCUGUAUGCCAGAAUAUGGGUAUUGGCAAGGAUGGGCAGCUUCCUUGGCCCCCGCUCAGGAAUGAGUUUAGGUAUUUUCAGAAAAUGACUAAGACUACUACGCAGGAAGGAAAACAAAAUGUAGUGAUCAUGGGGAAAAAGACCUGGUUCUCCAUUCCUGAGGACAAACGCCCUUUAAAAGACAGAAUUAAUAUAGUGCUCAGCAAAGAAUUGAAGGAAGCUCCCAAAGGAGCCCAUUUCCUGGCCAGAAGCUUAGCUGAGGCACUAAAGCUUCUAGAAUCGUCAGAGCUAGAAAGUAAAACUGACAUGGUUUGGAUAGUUGGAGGCAGUACAGUUUAUAAGGCAGCAAUGGAUGAGCCAAUUCAUCAGCGACUGUUUGUGACAAGAAUCUUGUGUGAGUUUGAAAGUGACACAUUUUUUCCAGAAAUUGAUUUAGAAAAAUACAGGCUUUUACCAGGAUACCCAGGAGUCCCUGCUGACAUCCAGGAAGAGAAUGGCAUUCAGUACAAAUUUGAAGUGUAUGAAAAGAUCAUCUAGGCUUAUUUGACAUGGCAUCUCAUCUCAAUACAUAUUACUUAGUUAAUGUAUUUUGUGGCAUGGACAACUACUCAUCUGCCUCACACAUUUUCCAGGAGGGAAAGGGGAAGAAAAGCAUUCCUGCUUUCAGUACCUACUACCUUGGCAAAGAAGCCAUUUGUCCUGAUAGCCACUGCCUUGAGCAGCUGCUUCUGCAGUAGGGGUGUGCACAGAACCAGCUAGCCCCGUUUGGUUCGAGCGCAAGCUACACUCGAACCUGACCAGGCCAGUUCAGAGGUCGGGUUGCAAUCUGUAGCCCCUUCAGAGUGCUUCCUAAAGGCCAUGGGGGGGUUGUCCACAAAGGUUCAUAUGAAGAUAAACGAGGCCGGCGUGGGGAGGGGGGACCUUUGCAGCUUCCCCCCCACCCCGGCAGCCUUUAGGAAGCCCCCCGAAGGGGCUACAGGUACUAAAAUUUUAUUUAAUUUUUUUUAAAAAAUUCACGAACUGGUACAGGGGUUCGGUUCUGGUCCGGACAGAACCGGGGGGGUGGGUUUCAGUUCGACUCCGAACCCCCAAACCGAACCACAAACCCACAAACCAGUUUGCACAUUCCUAUUCUGCAGCAAUUAAAAAAAACAACCAGUUUUUUUUGCAACAAAGUAGCUAUAACUACUAAGGAUCUGAUAGAGGGUGCAGCAGCAUCUCCUUUUCCAUUCUGGAGAAUGGGCAGAGCUCAAAUCCUAUGUACACUUAAACAGGAGUAACACCCACUGAGGUCAUUUGGGCAUAACCUCCAAGUAAAUACUGUAUACAGACUCCAAUUUUAGCCACCCCAGACUCCAAUUUUAGCCACCCCAAUUUUAGCCACCCCUCUUGUGUCACCCCAUCUCUGGAUUUUUCUUACCCCUACCACCUCCCACGCUAACACAGGCACUGUUGGUGGUGAGGCUUAGUUGCCACAAGUUGGUUUGAGAAACUGCAAUGAUAUGUCUGUUGUUCAUGUGAGCUUUCCAUGGUUGUAGUUGACAGACUGUCUCUUGUUUUUUACCCAUUAAUAAAAUGUGUCUUAAUUUAA